CCAUCGGGGGAAGGGGAGGGGUGGAGAAGGGCGUUCCAGCAGUCCGAGGCACCCGCCGGGGGGCGACGCCAGCACACAACCUUAUUGUCUAGUCCGCCUGCCAGCGAGUCGAACCUGCGAGGCUCCGGGAGCGAGCCGAGUCCAACCGCCCAGCGCACCCGCCCCUGCUCGAGCCCCAUCGUUCCGCCGCGGCUCGAGUCUCUACCCGCCACCAUGGCAGCAACGGCCGUGCCCACUGCGGCAUUGGCCCUGCUCCUGCACCUCUUGUCGGGCUGCUCGGCGGCCUCCAUGUCCGCCGCCGCCACCUCCGCGCCGAGCGAGACCACCCCGGCCCCGCCGCCGCCCGCACCCUUGCUGUCCGUGGCCGUGAACCCCAAGAAGAUGUCGGCACUCGUCAGCGAACGCUUCCUGAGCUUGACCAUGGACCCCAUGGAGCUGUCGGCACACAGGAAGCUCGGGCCGGGCUCCGUGCGGGCUUUCGCCAUGGCCCGGGGGAUGUCGCCCGCUUAUCUCAGACUGGCGGGGCCCUCCAGCGACCGCCUGCGCUUCUCCAGGGAGGACGACGGCGCCUCGCACAACGGAACCACGACGGAGGGCGACCUGGUCGCGGUGGGCCGCUGGGCGCGCGAUGCCGGCUGGCACCUGGUGCUGGGCCUCGACGCGCUCGCCCGCGACAAGAAGGGCGCCUGGGACCCACUCAACGCCGCGGAGAUGCUCGGCCAGGCUGACCGCCACGGCUUCGACCUCGCGCUUCAGCUCGGAUACGAGUCCUCGGCGCUGGCCCGAGCUGGGCUGAGGAGCGGCGCCGACGUCGGCGCCGACCUGACCGCGGCCCGCACCCUGCUGGCCGACUUCCCUCGCUACAAGAGCGCCGUGCUGCUGGGCCCCGACGUGGCCGCGGCCCUCGGCGCGCCCAGGGCCAACCGUGACGUCGUGCACUUCCUCCAGGAUGAGGCCCGCGCCGCGGCGCCCGAGCCAGACGUCAUCGUGUGGCAGCCGUGGUCGGCCGUCGCCGGCCCGUCGGAAGCUGGGAGGGACCCCGUCAGCGAGCCCGACCUGGAGCGCGAGGACGUGAACCGCCUGCUGGGACGCGCCGCAGCCCGGCGACCGCUGUGGAUCGCCGAGUCCGAUGACGCACCCCCGAGGAACUUCGGCGGCGCGCUGCAGUGGGCCCGCCGCGUGCAGGUGGCUGAGCGGGUGGGAGCCGACGUCAUCUUCCGGCGCUGGCGCAGCCCCGGCGAGGACCACCAGCCCACGCCCGACUUCUGGGUCUCGCUGCUGCACAAGCGGCUGUGCGGGCGCGCCGUGCUCGACUCGCGCCUCGCGGGCAACCGGUCCGCGGCCUCCGUGACGGCGCGCUGCACCGCCGCGGCCCCGGCUGGCCGCGCCCGCCCCAACCCCCGCAUCUCCGCCACCGGCGGCUUCACCAAGCUCAGCUACGAGCGCGGCGAUGUCACCAUGUUCGCCGUCAACAGCGGGCCCGUCGAGGCCAAGGUGGUUGUCAAGUUCAGCCCCGCGGCCGGCCUUCACCAGACCACCCUGCACGAGUACAUCCUCACCGCUCCGGGCCACGACCUGGGCUCGAGAUCUGCCCUGCUCAACGGCCAUGUGCUCAGCGUGGACAACGGCGGCGGCCUGCCCGGGCUCACCCCGCGCGUGCGGCACAGCGGCGGGGACCGCGAGACGACCCUGGUGCUGCCCGCGCACUCCGUGGCCUUCUUCGUGUUCCCCGGGGCGCAGUCGCGAGCCUGCCAGACCGCUCCGGCCAGCGCCGCGGAGGCGGAGGCCUCUGUCAUCCCGCUGCAGCUCAGUCCCCGCCGGCCCGAGGACGUCCAGGUGCAGUUCCACGUCGAGGGCCUUUCCAAGAGCAAGACCAAGGACAAGCUUGCCGCCACUCUCAAGGACCAGGACGUCGACCACCGUCAGAAUGUCCUCCACGAAUCCGACGCGCAGCCCUUCGUGUGGUCAUCCCCCUCCUCCCUGGAGCAGUACGCUGACAUGGACGAGCCGAGGACUAAAAGGGCCACCGCUGUGUCGGCCAUGCCCCACUACCCCCCACGCGCCUCCCCUCUCGCCACGCCCGAGGAGUGGCUCGAGCGCCUGUCGAAGGUCCCGGCCUUCAAACGGAAACACCAGCUGCCCUUGCCGGGCGCCCACGCAGCCAAGGCAAAGGUCCCCGACGAACUGGAAGACAACCCCUCGACCAUACCCGUGGCCGCGAUAUACCGACCGGAUGAAACGGCCGACGACAAGGAGCCGGCGCCGCACAGCCCGCACAUGCCGCACAAACACCACAGGCCGAUGGCGCCGAUCAAGCCGUUCAAGCUGCCCAAGAGGAUGCCGCUGCCCGCGGCGCCGCGCCUGCCCAAGCGGCCCGCCCCUCCCGCGCCCGCACUGGCGCGCCGCAAGCCGCUGCCCAAGGGGCUGGCCGUCGCGUCGCUUGUCGACCCGGAGAAGGGCGUGAGCGCCGAGGACGUGUCCGAGGCGGAGGAGCAGGUGACCGCAGACCCCUUCCCGACCGGCGACGUCGUGGCCGAGGUGGGAGAGUCGGGCGAGGAAGGCGACGACUUGUCAGGUGGUCCCGGAGAGGCGCACGGCGACUACGAAUACGUGGACGACGACGCACAGGAUGAGGAGGAUCUGGAGAAGGGCGGUCAAGAGCAGGGCAACAAGACACCAGUUCCUCAGCCACAGCCCGAGGUCAACCCCUUCGACAACAAGGACGUGAACGAGCAGACCCCGUACUACUUCGCGCCCGGCGAGUUCAUGCAGCAGUACAGAGCCGUGCCCAGGGCUGCGCCGUCCGCGGCCGGAGAGAUCGGGGAGAUGGACACGAUCGCGGAGCCGCUGAGCGUGGUGCGCGCGACCACCCCGCCGCCCUGGGAGCCGCACUUGGAGGAGUACGUCGUGAUGCAGAGCCCCGCGCUGACCGCCGAGCAGCACCAGCAGGCGCGGCAGGACGCCGACAGCUUCUACCAGGGCGUGGCGAUGCAGGCCCCGCCCCAGGCCCCAGAGCAACACCAUCUGCACCAGGAGGAGCAUCACCUUCACCAGGAGCAGCAGACCCACCAGCAUUCCGACAGCUUCUACCAGGGUGUACAAGUGCAGGCCCCAGCGCAGGCCCCAGAGCAGAACCAUCUGCACGAGCAGCAUCAUCUUCACCAGGAGCAGCAGCAGCAAACCCAGCAGCACGCCGAUGGCUUCUACCAGCCUGCGAUGGUACAAACCCCGGAGCAGACCCUAGAGCAGCACCACCUACACGAGGAGCAUCACCCCCAUCACGAGCAGCAACAGCAGCAUCUCGAGAGCUACUACCAGGACACCGCGGAUCCCGAGUCCCGACCCGAAGGGGACUUUGACACGCUGCCACCCGUCGAGGUCGACCCGGAUCAAGAAAUCAACACGGACGUCCUCAUCGAGCUCGGAAAAAGGUACCUCCGUGAGAAGAAGAUGACCUUGAAGCACAACGAACUUGACCCGCUGGACUGCGAGAAGGGCCAGGUCGGGCCGAGCGCCCCCAUGGAGGAGGAAGUGGACAUGGCCACCAUGCAGCACCACGCGCGGCGUCGGCGCCAGCUGAGGACCACCCUCCCCACGGGCGCCAGCCCCAAGCCGUUCCCCAGAACCCCCCUGAGGAGCGUCGGCGAGGAGCUCACGCGUCCGCAGCUGCCGGCUGGCCUGCGCGAAGAGCUGGAGAAGAGGGUGCGUGACCGCAGGGAGCGACUGGAGAAGGCGAGGGACUCGACGGCGACGAGGGAGCAGCCCGACAGGGAAGAGAGGUUGAGCAAGGCCCGGGAGCAGCUGGAGCAGCAGCGGGAGCAGCAGCGGGAGCAGCGCGAGCGGCAGCGGGAGGAGCGCGAGCAGGCCGAGAAGGAGCGGGUGGCCAAGGCGAGGGAGGCGCUCGGACAGCAACGAGAACGGCUGCGCGAGGACCGCGGCAGGCCGCUCGCCCCUAGACCCGCACUCGCACUCCCCUCCGGCUUCACCCGCAGGACCGAGCGGGUGAAGCGCUCCGAGGCGGCAAACAGAUACCUGGACUCGUUUGGCCGGCAGGAGCAGUACUCUCACCCCAGCGGCCACUGGCGCCGGGUCACGCCGGCCCCGGCCCCGCAGCACCACACGCACCACCUCCACGUGGACACUGCGGGGCGCAGCGGCGCCGUCCCCCGCUACAAGUACGGCCACUCCCCGCAGCGCGUCGGCGUGCGGCACGAGGUCGUCAAGAAGACGGACGUGCUGCGCUACGGGGGCGCGGGGAAGACCACCGUCGACGCGGGCCGCAACGAGCUGCCGAGGAGGAAGGGUGGGCGCUGGCAGCAGCAGUACAAGCCGCAGGACAACGUCGCCGUGCUCUGGGAGGGCAGUCCGUUGUCGCCCCUCCACACCACCCAGAGGGUCCACGUCGAGGUGCCGGUCGAGGUCGACGUCGUCCCCAAGCCCACGUUUCUGCCUGUGGAAGAGGAUGAAUCGCCGGAACAGCGCGACGAUCGGGACGAGCCUCCAACUGAGGUCAAGACGACUAAAAUUCUGAAGACGGAACGGACUUACGAGACCACCGAGCCCUCCGAAAACGACAGCAGCGCGGAGGAGGGUGGCUACGGGGCCGCAGAGGAGGAGCCAACUAGCCCGUACUAUGCCCCCCUCGAAAUCCCUAGUCGCGCGCACCAUCACCACCAUCACCACGUCCAAUACAGUGAGGACGAUGUGGAACAGGUUACUCCAGUCGAAAAAUCAGACGAAGCAGACGAAGCAACAUCGGCCUCGGAGGAGUGUGAGAAUGAAGCCAAACAACCCUCGAUGCUCCCCCCUGAGGCUGAAGGAGAGGCUGGUCCCAUGCCCGUGUUCCCGUUCAAGGAGCCCCAUGGACCGAAGCAUCAAGUGGUGGGCUUUAAAGCAGACGACUCCUCCCCCGGCGGGUGGUACACAUUCGCCUCCACCUCUCGCUACCAGACACCAGAAACGGAAGACGAGGACAACGCGUCGUCCGAGGAGGAAACCGCGCACGCGAACUACCCUACCAUGGAAGUCCACACAUCCUCCAGGAAAUACUCAUCCUCAACUAGGGUCUCGUCUGCCCAACGUCCAAAGCCACAUGUAGUCAAACUAGUGACUCCCUCGCGAAGCCAUCAAGCCCCAAAACCGCAGGCCUUGGUGCACCUAGAGAGGCGACCGCAGCCAAGGCCGACCCCUUACCGAAGUGGGUCCGCCGUACACCCCGAGGCCGGCAGCUCGACAGUGAGGAAGGCCUCCUAUAACAUUGUCACAUCGCAAUCACAGCCUGCAGUCACGCCAUACGCCACACAAGUUGUAAAGAUGGCACCACCGCCCAAGUCCCCAGCAGUCGCCGAAAUACAAGAACAGCCGGAAGAACAGCCGGAAGAACAGCCAGAAGAACAGCCAGAAGCACAGCAGGAAGAACAGCCGCAAGACCAACUCCAAGAACAACCCCAAGAACAGGCCCAAAAUCAACAGCAAGGAGAUUUUGUGUCAUUCGUACAAACAGCCCCGACUGAGUCCGAGGUUGUCUCCCAACAGCCAGAAGAGGUGGCGGGCUACGCGGUCCCCGUUCUCCAGCCAGCGCCCCAGCCACCGAUCCAGAGAGUCUCACUACCGGUGCAACAGCCAGCUCUGCAGCCAGUUCUGCAACCAGUUCUACAGCAAGCCUCUCAGCUAGCCCAGCCAGCCCCACAGCCAUAUCCAAGACCAGUGCAACAACCAGCCCCAGAGCUAGCUCUUCAGCCAGCCCCAGAGCUAGUCCUGGAGCCAGCCGCACAGAACGUGCGACAACCCAACGCAAACCGCAAGGCUGCCUCUCAGCAGGCGAAUGCACCGCGUGCAUUGUCUUACUUGGCCAAGUACUUCCGACCUGUUCAGGACCAGGCACCUAGGUUUGAACAAGUUUCCUACAACCGGGGCCGACCCGAGUCAGCGCAGAGAAGUGCUUGGCAACAGCCUGCUGCUGCUGCCACCACCCUCUGGGAUCAACCCCUUGCUGCACCCACCGACGACCUCUGGGGCAAACCUGCCACUGCCCUGGCACGCAAACCUGCGGCAACACCUUCAGACAACUUGUGGGGCCAACCUGCUGCCGCAGGUAACCUUUGGGGUCAACCUGCCGCAGCACCCGCACGUCGACCUGCCUCCACCCCUACAGACAACUUGUGGGGCCAAUCUUCUGCCGGUCCCUCAGAUGAUCUUUGGGGUCAACCUGCAGCAGCAUCCGCACGUCAACCUGCGCCUGCCCCGUCAGACAACUUGUGGGGCCAACCUGCUGCCGCUCCCUCAGAUGACCUGUGGGGUCAACCUGCUGCUGCCCCCACAGAUGACCUUUGGGGUCGACCUGCAGCAGCACCGGUACGAAGACCUGCCACAGCCAGCGCAGGAAACCUGUGGGGUACAGCCGCUGUUGCUCGCUCCGAUGACCUCUGGGGUCAACCUGCAGCAGCCCCCGCCGACAACCUGUGGGGCCAGUCGGCUCCAUCCGCCCCUGCCACACGUCAGUGGCGGCCUGCAGCGCCCGCAUCUCGUCGGGGCAGCCACGUGGCCUCCUUGGAACAGCCUGCGGGAGAGCAGCUUCUGGACUACAACACCCACAUCCUCAGGCGCCAGCCGGGCAACGAUCAGCCCCGGGCGGCCGCGGUCCAGGUCGCCUCCCUCGCCCCCGCCGGCGGAGAAGCCGUGGUCCCGGUCAGACGGACCCUCAGUGCGAGCUCGGCGCCGCGUGUCCCAGAGCCAGCCUGGAUGUCGGCCGGCUCCCGUCGGAAGCGCUCGGUGGUGGGGCCUGCCGGGCCUGCCCCCGCAGCCGCGACCGAGCACCGUCGCGACAGGCGAGGGUUCUUCGACAUGCUCUCCCACGACAAAAAGGUCGCCCCGGCCCCCGAUGACCUGAGCGACGACGAGUGGAGCGCCGAGACGGAGCGCAUGCGCCGGAAGAAGCAGGAGCGCCAGGAGCGCCAGGAGCGCAAGCAGCGCCAGAACAACGUCCAGAGCGCCACCGAUGACAGGAGCUUCUUCUCUGGCCUCAUUGCCUCCCUGCUGAGCAAAGUGGGCGUCGUCGUCGGCUACCUGGACAGGCUGACGCAGGGCAGGAAGCCCGCGUAGAGCACCGUCUCGCGAGAGAAAACCCGUCAUCUAGUACAAAAUUAUUAGUGAAGCUUUUGGCUUAUAAGAGCAUCAAGCAAGCUUCUGUUCAUAGCUACAUUUAUUUAUUAUUGGAAAUGUGUGUUUUCCUCUUUAUGUGUUUGUGUCGUUUUUGUUUAUAAUAAAAUGUUUACCAUGCCGGCAA